CCAGUGCCAGCCUACCUCAUCCGAACCAGCUUUCUGCAACUUUUUCAUUACAGCCUCAGUGUUUACUGUUUUACUCCCCACUCCACCAACUCAUGAGGAUUUUCUGCCACUUCCUCUCCAAACUGCACCGCGGAUUUCCUUCUGCGUCCCGCUGCGUAAAACCAGAAGUGCCAACAACAGAAAGUCGGAUCGGAUCGUUUCUGGGAGUGGUGUAGCUAAUUGUUCAGUCUAUCUGUGUGUGUGUGUGUGUGUGAGUGUGUGUGUCUGUGUGUGUGAGUGUAGAGCUCUGCAGGCCUCUGCGGGUUUUUUUUUUUAUUUCCUGUUUCCAACAAUGUAUCCAGUCGUGAGGAAGAUGUUUUUCACGGACUCUCGGUGCGCAGGAGAUGAGACGAAGACGUACGAGGAGCUGUUCGCCAAACUGGACACCAACAAGGAUGGGAAGGUGGACAUUUCCGAGCUGAGGGAAGGCCUGGCUGCGAUGGGCAUCCAAACUGGGACGGGGGCAGUUCAGAAAAUCAUUUCCUCCGGAGACGAGAACAAAGACGAUUCGCUCAACUUCCAGGAGUUCUCCAAGUACCUGAAGGACCACGAGAAGAAGCUACUCCUGACUUUCAAGAGCUUGGACAAAAAUAACGAUGGCAAUAUAGACUACAUGGAGAUAAAGCAGUCGCUCGCAGAUCUGGGGAUGGACAUCAGCGUCGAGGACGCAAAUAAAAUCCUUCAAAGUAUAGACACUGAUGGCACCAUGACAGUGGACUGGACUGAAUGGAGGGAGCACUUCCUGUUUAACCCGGCCACCAGCCUGCAGGAGAUCAUCCGCUACUGGAAACACUCCACGGUUCUGGACAUUGGUGACAGCCUCACCAUCCCAGACGAGUUCACAGAGGAGGAGAAGACGACRGGUGUGUGGUGGAGGCAGCUGGCAGCGGGGGCCAUGGCGGGUGCUGUGUCSCGCACAGGGACCGCCCCGCUGGACAGAAUGAAGGUCUUCAUGCAGGUUCAUGCUUCUAAGAGCAACAAAAUCAGCCUGGUGGGUGGUUUUAAGCAAAUGUUAAAGGAAGGAGGGGUGACAUCUUUGUGGAGAGGAAAUGGUGUUAAUGUCCUUAAGAUUGCUCCCGAGACGGCUAUUAAAUUCAUGGCUUAUGAACAGUAUAAGAAGCUGCUGUCCAGUGAACCAGGGAAAAUCCAGACCCAUGAGAGGUUCAUGGCAGGAUCGCUGGCUGGAGCCACAGCGCAAACUGCCAUUUACCCCAUGGAGGUGAUGAAAACCCGUCUGACGUUGAGGAAAACUGGACAAUACUCAGGAAUGUUUGACUGUGCCAAGAAAAUCCUGAAGCGUGAGGGGGUAAAGGCAUUCUAUAAGGGCUACAUUCCCAAUAUUCUGGGCAUCAUCCCCUACGCUGGGAUCGAUCUGGCAGUCUACGAGAGUUUAAAAAACCUCUGGCUGUCUAAAUACGCUAAAGAUACAGCGAACCCAGGCGUUCUGGUGCUGCUGGGUUGUGGUACCAUCUCCAGCACCUGUGGCCAGCUGGCGAGCUACCCUCUGGCACUGAUCCGUACCCGCAUGCAGGCACAAGCUUCCAUCGAAGGCUCAGAGCAAAUGCCGAUGGGUCGCAUGGUAAAGAAGAUCCUGGAGAAAGAAGGCUUCUUUGGACUUUACCGUGGCAUCCUGCCCAAUUUUAUGAAGGUCAUACCAGCUGUGAGCAUCAGCUACGUGGUGUACGAGUACUCACGCUCUGCCCUGGGUAUCCACAAGUAGGCAAGCAAAGCCGUCCAUUUCCACCAGUUUAUUUGAUUCAUUUUUUUAUUUUUAUUAUUCCAACAAUCCUCCCUUCUUUUGUCUUUCUUUUUAAAUAAGCCGUUUACCCAGAGAUCACCUAAGUUUAAACUUAAAUGGAUGCAAAUGGAGCCACCCGUGUAGUUCUAAAAGUUAUUUAAAACUGUGCUGCGCUAACAUGGGUGUUCCAAAUGCAUGUUUUUAAAAGCAGGUUGUUUACAAGGAAGCCACGGCUUUAAACACACAGACACACCUGUGGUGAARAGUUAAAUCACAUCAGAGGGUACAUUUUGAUUUAGAUGGAAAAUGUAUUUUUAUAUCAAACUCUUCAUGUAACAAACAUCACAAAAUGCACCUUAUUUGUAUCCUGAUGGAAAGUUAAAGCCACCACCUGCUGUUUUUUUUAAAGCUAAUUAAACCAAAAAUAUAAAAAGUCAUAUUAUUCCACAAUUUCAUACCUAAUGAUUAUGUGUCACCAGGGAAUAAUCAGAAAUUUGAGGGGAAAAAAGUGCAAUAAUAAAGCAGAUAUACCUUUACAGAAAUGCAGAUGUUCCUUUAUGCUGUUGCACAUCUGGUAAAAAAGAAAAGAAAAAUGUGCCUUACGUGUUUUUCUCAGAUAUUUGUGGAUUCUGCUUCCUCCCCGUUUUCUUGCCUUGCUUUCCUAAAUUUGGUUCAUGGAUGAUGGUGUUUACAUUAAUAAACCAUUUACAAAACAA